CCUGCGCGACCUAACAUCAGCAUCCGGACUCGAGCAGAGGAACCUGCCGCUCGGCUUCCAAGAAACGACAAAUUCGAGUCGUGGCGAACAAUUGAACGCGCGUCCUACUCGCUGCCGGAGAUGGUGGACUGGCUCGUGGCCAGGAUCUUCUGGACCCUGGUGCUGAUCCAAGGGGACCUCCUGCACUACGUUCGGAGUGCGCUGCCGCCGCCAGGUCACGUGACCAUGGAUUCGGUCAACAUGAGGCACAACCUGAGAUGGCGCCCCCCGCAGGGCCAAUGCAGCACCCCGCUGCUCUACUCGGUGCAGUUUCAAGGCGAGUUCGAGGUGACGGUUCUGGACGGCGCGUGGCUGGAUUCUCCCGAGUGUCAGGACAUCGCGCGCACUCACUGCGACCUUUCCUUGGACCUGGGCUCCGACUCGGACUACAACAUCCGCGUGCGAGCGCGCUGCGGCUCCAAAACGUCGUCGUGGGCGCAACUGGCGCCGCCGUUCAACAGGAGGAACACCGCGUUGACGGUGCCCCACAUGACGGUGGGGGCGGUGGGCGACACCCUCCUGGUGUCCUUCGACCAGGCCCCGCCCACGGCGUCCAUCGAGGUGGAGGUGCGGAAGCGCGGCGAUGCCCUCGAAAAGGUUCUCGUGUUCACCGUUCGGGCCGAGCAGAAGCUGCUGCACGUCACCGACCUGCAGGACAGAGCGACAUACUGCGUGCGGGCGCACCUGCUGCUGGGAGAGAAAACGCGCAGCCAACACACCAAAGAUCAGUGCGUGCCCGUCUCAGGCCCCAACGCCCCCUGGAAGAGUCCCACGACGGGCGUGCUGACGCUGCUCCUCAUGCUGGGCGUGACCUCCGCCCUCUUCUGGGGCAUCGUCCAGUGCCGCGCGCAAAACUACUGCCGCCACUACUUCCACAAGGAGGCGCUGCCACGCUCGCUGCUCCUUGACGCGCCCGCCGCGCCCGCCGUGUUGAGCGGGGCCCGACGAGGAGGUGUGCGCGGACGUGCGGGUGGUACCGAAGGCCCAUCGCUAGACCCGGGCCAGCGCGUCCACAAGGAUCACGGUUGGCAUCGUAGGAUCGCUGUUGGACCUUUGCGGCUUUUUUCUUCUUCUUGUCCUUGUGGGACCGGGUCACAUUUGUCACAGAAGGUCCAGAAUGUUCCUCAGAACCUCCGCCGUACAGUACGCGCGCUUGCACGCGGUCAUAAACGAGCCAUGAUUGUGAUGCUGAUCAAAUGGACUCAGAAGAACGUUACGCUCCGGCUCCAGGAACAGAACCACGAGCACAAAAACGUUUGACUGAAAAGACUUGGCUGUUGUGUUUCUGGUGAAAAUUGAGGCUCAUGCGUUCAUUGGGCAAGGUCCACAAUCUUGCCCGGAACCUCCGGCACACGUUCGCAUCACAAUAACGGAGGUGGAACAGUUCUGCUGUCGAUCGACCGGGCCGAGAAGAACAUUCCACGUCACUUUCAGAACCUCGUAGCAUGACGUCCUGAAGCAGCCGAAGCAAAACUUCGGGAUCUUCUAAAAAAAAAAAAAAAAAAAAGACUCGGCUGUGGUUGCUAGUCCUAAAAAUUCUUUCACGCUGCAUCUGGAAGAAGAACGGCUCAGGCCGGACGCCAAAGUCGGCCCCCGUGUGCGUGUCACAGCUGCACCAUUAGCAACAUUAGCUCUAGUAAGCACAUUAGCAGAUUGGAAUUAUUAGCACGACCGGUAAUGCCGCCGCCGUUAGCGACAUUACACUGACAGGAAAUUUGAGCUUUUUCUUUCUGCUCUCAAAACUGCAAAAGUGUCCAUUUUCAAAAGUCAUCUUCAACCCUUUUUGAUUCCGUCGUCGUCGUCAUCGCAGCAUGUGACGCUGCCCGUUUUCUUUCAUUUAUAACCAGCAGCGUUUCAGCUGCAGUCGUUACAAAAAUUCAUUUCCCCUCAGGAUCCUGAUGACGACAUUUGCAGUAAUAAUCAAUAAUCCAACGGCACGUCUGCCCGAGCCCAGAAAUAAUUGCCUCUCCAAUUACAGUAACAUAGUAGACCCAAGUGUUCGUAAAAAAAAAAAUUGGGGCACAGGUUUGUUGAACAUUUCAACUGCG